ACGUGGGAGGAAGUUCGUCUGAUGUUCUAUGGUGUCUCUGCUGUAUCCUCAGUGUCCAUUGCGAUCAAAACACUGUCCCAUCUGCGUUCUUCAGCAUGAACCGAAAGAGAAACCACUGCUAUAUGGAAACAGGGCCGUCCUCGGAGUCCCAGGCCGCCUUUAUGGACAACGCAGGGUCCUUCAGCCGAUACGAGGAGGAUUUGUCCGAGCUCGAGCCCGACGAGCAGCUGGUGUGCUCGGUGACCGAGAUCACGGAGCACCUGGGCAGGAACAUCACGGUGGUGCUGGAGUCCGCGCUGUCCAAGAUACGCAAGCUGGUCAGCGUCCGGAUCAGAGUCCUAAAGAUGGAGCUCCGCGAGAAAACCGACGAGAUCGAGCUGCUCAAAGCCAAGCUGGAGCCCACGGAGAAAGACGGGAGGGGGUCUAACUCCAGCAGCCUGGACUUUAGGAAAGCAGAGCAUCAACCAGGCCAGAAACACGGCGCCGACCCGAAGAAAGCCAAAACCGGGACGCCCGUGGUGAAGAAGGAGAACAUCAACGCGAUCUGCGACUAUCUGAUGAAAGAUAAGAACCAGCGGGGUGCUGCUGAAGUGGAGAGCGACCACAGCAACCAGGCCUUUGGGUCCGAAGCGCAGCCGCACGCGUCUCUGAGCCUGUGGACGGACAGCGGAGCCGCGGACACCGACACCGACGCUGACACAGACAUCUUCAGCAUGCUGCCGUCCGCCAGCAAGCGCAUGUAUGACUAUGAGUGGAUUUCAGGAGUCGAGCUCAACUCUGCUGAGUUUAAAGGUGAUACUGAAACAAAAUGUGAAGAUGUUCCCACUGUGGAUGACGAGGAUGAAACCGAAGACUCUGAAGGAGGAAGAGGAAGUCUGAGGUCAGUGUCUGACCAUUUUCCUCUGGACACUCAGGGCUCCCCGCAGGAAGACAGGAGCAGCCCGGCGGAGGACAGUAUGGACAGAAUGGAGCCAGGUCAGCAGUUCUCCUCUCACACCUUCAUCUGCCCCUUCUGUGGAACUCUUUGCCCUGACUCCUCUUUCCUGGAGGAGCACAUCAAGCUCAUGCAUCACGACGAGAACACUCUGCAGUCGGCCCCGGGCGGUUCUUCCUCUCGUGGGGAGAGCGACUCGGGCGAGGCGGGCCGAGCUCUGGGAGGCACAGAAAGACCGGUUGGCCGGGGCGCACGGGAGAAGAAAGUGGAGGGCGGAUAUGAGUGUGGUGACUGUGGACGUCAUUUCAACUAUCUGGGCAACCUGCGCCAGCACCAGCGCAUCCACACUGGCGAGAAGCCCUUCAUUUGCCCCGAGUGCGGAGAGCGUUUCCGGCACGCCGCGCGCCUCAAGAGCCACCGCCUCAGCCACAGCGGAGCCAAGAGCCCCUUCCCCUGCCCGCAGUGCGGUAAGGGCUUCCCAGUGCUGUCUGGACUGAAACGGCACCAGCGUGUGCACACAGGAGAGAGUCCCUACGCUUGUCCCCAGUGCGGACGCAGAUUUAAAGAGCUGGGCAACUUAUACACACACAUGCGCAUUCACAGCGGCGCUACGCCCUACUCUUGCUACCAGUGUGGGCGGAGCUUCAGGCAUCUGGGCACAUAUAAGAGUCAUCGCUGUAUGCCGGCUACACAGUUAGCCAGUGGCCACAGUCCAGCAUGGGCGCAGGAAGACAAGGUGCAAACUGGGUAACAGCUGAGUGACAGAUGUGUACAAAAAGUGGUUUGUUACUUCCUCGACUGCUGGUUCAGGAUCCAUUUCAAGUCCGAGAAAGAAGCUCGGCCGAAGAGAGAUGUGAGAGAGAGGUCGUUAUGACCAUAAAACAACAUCAGGUUUCAUCGUAAAUAUGAAGCUGUAUGAAUAAGGACAUCUUUCUCAUUCAAGUUAGUUAACGUCAUCUUUAACGGUAACUUGCUGCUUGUUAAAUGUUCGUUUUUUGAAACAUUUUGCAAUAACUUCUUCCAGCGUCAAACAUAAAAGGUGUUUGAGUGUCCAUAUACAGUAUUUCAAGACUGCACUAAAUAUCAUUUGAUGUGUUUUACUUGUAAAUUUUUUUAAAUUCGGACUUUUUGCAAAAAGUGUUUCUGACUCUGUUUAGAAGCAGAUAGCAGGGCCCCAGGGCCGGAUUAACAGAGUGAAAUAUGCCUUAUAAAAACUAAUUCAACAAUAGCGAAUCUUUUAAGUUAAAUAAUUAUACAUUAAUAAUGAUUCAACAUGACAUUCCCUCUUCCACCCUUACAAAAAAAAAAGUACCAUGAUGGGAGAU